GCCCCCAUGCCUUUCGCCCACGGGGCCGCGGGUCCCCGAGCCCCGGCUGGCAUGGGCGACGUGCCCGAGCCGUGCCCGCAGGCCCCGCUGGCCGUGCUCUCCAAGGUGGAGCUGCGGGUCAGCUGUAAACACCUCCUGGACCGCGACACCCUCAACAAGUCGGACCCCUGUGUCCUGCUGCUGAUGCAGUCCCAGGGCCAGUGGAUGGAGGUGGAUCGCAGCGAGGUGAUCAAGAGCAACCUGAACCCCGUGUUCGCCAAGAUCUUCACGGUCGAUUACUACUUCGAGGAGGUGCAGAAGCUGCGCUUCGAGGUGUACGACAGCCACGGCCAGGCUGGUGUGGGCACACACGAUGACGACUUCCUGGGGGGCAUGGAGUGCACCGUGGGGCAGAUCGUGGCACAGAAACGGGUGACGAAGCCGCUGUUCCUCAAGUACGGAAAAUUUGCGGGCAAGUCCACGAUCACGAUCAUCUCGGAGGAGAUCUCGGGGAACAACGGCUACGUGGAGCUCGCCUUCCGUGCCAAGAAACUGGAUGACAAGGACCUCUUCAGCAAGUCGGAUCCCUUCCUGGAGAUCUACCGCAUCGACGAUGACCGCAGCGAGCAGCUGGUGUACCGCACCGAGGUGGUGAAGAACAACCUGAGCCCCAUCUGGGAGCCCUUCAAAGUCUCCCUCAACUCGCUCUGCAGCUGUGAGGAGAAGAGGAAGCUGAGGUGCGUGGUGUGGGACUAUGACUCGCGGGGCAAGCACGACUUCAUCGGGGAGUUCUUCACCACCUUCGAGGAGAUGCAGAAGGCAAUGGGGGAGAACAAGGUGCAGUGGGACUGCAUGAACCCCAAGUACAAGAUCAAAAAGCGCAACUACAAGAAUUCGGGGGUCGUGGUGCUGCUGGACCUGAAGAUCCACAGGGUUUACUCCUUCCUGGAUUACAUCAUGGGCGGCUGCCAGAUCCAUUUCACGGUGGCCAUCGACUUCACGGCCUCCAACGGGGACCCCCGGAACAGCUGCUCCCUGCACUACAUCAACCCCUACCAGCCCAAUGAGUACCUCAAGGCUCUGGUGGCUGUGGGUGAGAUCUGCCAGGACUACGACAGUGAUAAGAAAUUCUCGGCUCUGGGCUUCGGUGCCAGGAUCCCCCCCAAGUACGAGGUCUCCCAUGACUUCGCCAUCAACUUCAACCCCGACAAUGAUGAGUGUGAGGGCAUCCAGGGCGUCGUGGAGUCCUACCAGAGCUGCCUGCCCAAAAUCCAGCUCUACGGCCCCACCAACGUGGCUCCCAUCAUCUCCAAAGUGGCUCGUGUGGCGGCCGACGAGGAGCGGACCAAGGAGGCGUCGCAAUACUUCAUCCUGCUGAUCCUGACGGACGGGGUGGUGACGGACAUGGCAGACACGAGGGAGGCCAUCGUCCGAGCCUCCUACCUGCCCAUGUCCAUCAUCAUCGUCGGCGUGGGCAACGCCGACUUCACGGACAUGCAGAUCCUGGACGGGGACGACGGCGUCCUGCGCUCCCCCAAGGGCGAGCCCGUCCUGCGCGACAUCGUCCAGUUCGUCCCGUUCCGCGAGUUCAAGAACGCGUCACCCACAGCCCUGGCCAAGUGCGUGCUGGCGGAGGUGCCCAAGCAGGUGGUGGAGUACUACAGCUACAAGGCGUUCCCCCCGCGCUGCCCCCGGCCCCCCACCCCCGACCCCAACCUCGGCUCCCCGCAGUGA